AUGCUCAUCACCACAAUUUUUGUCAUCCUUGUGACGAAAUGGCAAGUUUUGAAUGUCGAAUGUCAAAAAACUCAGGAACGCACAAGUUCAUUCAGCGCGAUCAACUCAAUUGCCCUGUUUGCCGGAGAUCAAGGUUACGCGCACAGUGUCAUGAUUGGAAGCAAUAGAAAACAGUUCACAGUGCUUGUAACAUUGAACAGCCCCUUGCUGUGGAUACCAAGCAUAGCAUGCACGACACGGGAUCCUGCUGUACUUGCCAAGUGCGAUGUUAUCGUUGACGUGUGUAUACGAUCAUUCGAAGAAACGAUGCGACCAUCACCAAUUGUAGAUCUUGCUUUGCAUGCUGUUAAGUUUGAGUCUCCUACAGUCAUGAAGAUCACACAAUUAAUGUCAGUAAUUCCAUAA